AUGCCGCUCGAAGUGUGUUCUACAACUGUUUUGCCAGAGCUCGGCGUUCGUUGGCGCGAAGUUUCUAGGGCAGUUCGUAAUGCGAGGCUGCCUAUGGCUCCCACGAGUGUAGCGCGAGUGCUUUGUAGGCAUGUAGCAAGGGCGCUAACUAUGGAGGAAAUAGCCGAGAUCGUGUCACGACUGCGGUUAAAAUUGAUAGCAACGCAACGUCGCAAUUGGCAUGUGAUAAAACUCUCCGACCAGUUAACCGAUGAGCCUGUAAACAUAUUAACGAGAAUACUUCCCUCGAGAGUGAAGCAAGCAUUGAAAGGUGUCAGAUGUGGUCGGAAUAUGAUGCCUGAGAUACAAACAGUUAAACUGGGUGAUCUAAUAUAUAUAAGUGUCCAAAUGGUAUCCGACAUCAAGGCAGGCGGCAUAUUAUAUGUGGCAACUCCUCCAGGCGAGCCUGUAGCAUUAGUGAGCUCGUUACACAGUUCAUUAUUGAAGCCCUGUAUCCAAGGUCUCGGUUACCAGAAAUACGAAGAUGCAAGUCUCAAUGGCCACGACAUAGGAUCUCUACUGAGGAUAUUUAAUGCUAAUAAUAAUGAGAAUCCAGAUUUCCUCGCUCGGAUUCCAGAAUAUUUUGUAGCUCCGUGUAUCACGAGGGGUGGGAUUGAUUUUACGGGGAGGAAAACAGAUGAGAAAUAUACUGACGAUGUAUUGGGACCCGACCCUCCGAGGCUUGAUAAACUUGUGGUUACAGCGCAGAGGAAGUUCUUUGAUCCUGAAAGAUUAAACAAGGAAAUGAGAAUAACAAUACAAUUGAAAAGUGAAGAUAUAGCACAGACAUUGAAGUGCUGGGCUUCAAAAGGAGCUGUGUUACCGACCUGCCAGCUGUUCCAAAUCUUUAACAAGACUAAGUCAAACAAAAUACACAUAGAUGCCAACGAUGACUGA